CCGAGAAAGAUGUGCAAUGUUUAAUUUAGGCAUUCUCGCAACGGAUAACAUAAUUCCUGACCAAUGCUGGAAAUUGUUUGGCUGCCAUCAAUUCACACCCCGGCCCAUCAUGUGAGCUGAUUCCAGGUCGAUGCCUUUAUAUCUGCGGGGAGUGCCAUGCGACGCUCCCUCGCUUUGGUCGCCCUAAAUCGUCGUAUCGCGUUGACCUUGCUGAGCGAAAUCUCAUCAAACGUGGACGCGACACUCUCGGUCGUCUGGACAAUCGGCUCCAACAGAGUGUAAAACCAGCAUCACUGAGGCCCUAAGGCACCUUUGACUGCACUACAGGUCUACUCCGCACUUAAAAAUACACUUACCACCGUGGAGAUCCGGGGCGCUCGUAUCCAUAACUAUUCCAGAACUGCCAGACACCGCCGGCUUUCACGUUUUUUCCCAACUGUCCAGCAAGAAAACGGCAGACGGCUUCCCCUACUCUCAACGCCAACGUCGUACACAUUCUUUUUCAACCAAGAAGAUUCUCUCUCGGUUCGACAACAGUCGUGGGGAGGAGGGAGGGUUGUGCGCCCGUUUUUCCCAUGGGAGGAUGGCGGAUACAAGGGCCAGGUGAACAGACGAUUUUUUGGCCUGAUAGAUUCGAAUCUACUCCGCAUAGACACCUGUCUUUCCCGGGCGUUUGCAGCGCACCAUGGCUUCCGGUAAUCCGUCCGCGGCCGCAACCGCGGCAUGCACGCCAUGCCGCACCGUGAAGAUGAAGUGCACGCGAGAUCCAGACUCGGCGUCCUGCAAUCGAUGCAAGCGCAAGUCAUUAAGCUGUUUCUACGAAUCCCAUCGGCGCGGUCGCAAACCGGGCACAAAACUCCGGCCCAAAGCUGAACGGUUAAAAGCUGCCGGGCUCCCUGCCUUGAUCUCGAGCGCGCCGCCACCAGACACCAGCCCUGCCGUGACACCAGAAGAAGUCAUCCGGUCUUCAAUAGACACACGCUCUCCAAAACGAAUAAAGUCGGAUACCAGCUUUAGUUCCCCAGACCUGCCCGAUAAACCAAUACAGCCCGCCAUCACCUCCGAGAACCCACUACCUACGAAGCUGGCUUCUAUAGCCCAGUUAACGCACCCUCUUUCGGAUAGCCUUGCACCCUUUGCCUUGCUGAAGAAGUCAUCUACCCCCGGAAACUUCUCGAUUGCAAAUAUCUUGAAUGCUGAAAAUGAAAGCCCGGUCGAGGAGCCGUCUCGUUGGAAAGAUUGUUUGGCAAACGAUGCCCCCAUCGACCAGAACGAUCCGGUACUCCAAAAUUUGAUCAACCUCCCUAUAGCUCAAGGGCUUUUCGAUAGGUAG